AAAAACAAUUCAUAAACGACAUGUUGUGCCACAUAAUCAAACGGCAUUCCUUUUGGUCCAUCAGUUGGGAUUUGGAGGGAGAUGAAGUGAAAGGAGUAGAGCAAAGCCAAAGCCAGAAGUGGCUGUUAGUUAGGACUCAGCCCACAAACACCCGCCAAAAAUGAUAGUAACAUCUUCUUCCUCCCUUGCAAACCCUCCUCAUCUUCCUCUUCCAACUCCAUCAACAACCUCCAAAAACCCUAACAAUGCAUUCCUACCCAUCAGCCGCCGCAACCUCCUUGCUGCCCUCACCCUCACCGCAGCCCCUUUUGCCCUCGACCCCAUGUCCGUACAAGAGAUAGCUUUUGCUCGUGGCCUCUUCCAGAUGCCCCCAGUUAGACUCAGCAACAGGUAUUUUCUGGUGAGGGCUGGGGAGUCUGAAUAUGAGAGCUGGGGGGUGAUUAACACGAACCCAGUUGCGAAAACUUCUGUUGAUAGCGGGUUGUCAGAGAGAGGGAAGAAGCAGGCGGUGAGGGCAGCUUUCGACUUGAAGGAAAUGGGGGCUUGUGACACAAGCUGUUGGAUUUGGCCUUCUAUCACUCAGAGAGCUUACCAGACCGCAGAGAUCAUUGCAUCGGUUAACGGGGUCACUCGAAGUAACAUUGUCCCAGAGUAUAGCUUUCUAGAUGCCCGUGGCUUAGGAGCUUAUGAAGGAAAGAACCUAGAAGCUGUUUCAGAAGUAUAUGCAUCUGAUACUAUUUCUCCAAGAAUCAAGCCUCCUCCAAUUGAUGAUGGAACCCCGAAUGAGAGUGUCUCCGAUGUGUUUGUUCGGGUGGUACAGCUCAUGUCCAUACUCGAGACUUAAUACUCUGAAGACACAGUAAUAAUUGUCUCGCCAGAUUCAGACAAUUUAACAAUCCUACAAGCUGGUAUAGUUGGACUUGACUUGCGAAGGCACAGAGAACUUUCUUUUGCACCAGGAGAAGUCAGAUUUGUUGAUACCAAUAGUGUACCUACUUACAAGCAACCUGCAUCAGCUAUAUAUAAGUGUUUGAAUCCACCAAAUUGUACCUGAACAUCAUUUCUGUCUUUAACUAUGUAAAGACUAGUGAAGUGAUCAUCUCGCUUGUUUAUAAUCAUCGUCAAUUCUCAUAAAUCAUAUUGCUGGCUCCUUAUUCGGUUUCCAA